AUGGCCAAGCCUAGGUGCGAUCUCGCCAACUGCAAGAGCCCCGCCCACAUGGCCGGCGACUGCGGUUUCUGCAACAAGCACUUUUGCGGCAAGCACCGCCUCCUCGAGGACCACAAGUGCGAGGGUCUGGAAGACUGCAAGAAGGAGGCGCACGCUCAGAACGCAGCCCAGCUCGAAUCCGAGCGCACCCAGGUCAUCCGCGGCGUGUAA